CAGUACUCUACUUACCCCCGUUCAUCACCCAUUUUAGUUUGUACUUCCCAAUAUUGUGCAACUUGUAUUCUCAUUAGGCAUGUAAAUAAUAUUUUAAUAGGGUCUAGUUCUCGUUGUUCUGACGUUCAAUAUUGAAUAAACAAACUUCCGCCAACAUGUUGUUAAACAAAGUAUCCAAAUGCCUAAUCACGAAGGCCAAUAGUGUGCCGUGUCUUUUCUAUCAUAAGAAUGUAAGUACAAUUUUGAACUGUAUUAAAAUAUAGAUAGUCUAAUAUUAUUCAAAUGUUUACAGGUGAUUGAUCAUUACGAAAAUCCUCGAAAUGUUGGCUCGUUCAAUAAAAACGACAAGAACAUUGGAACUGGGCUGGUCGGUGCUCCUGCGUGUGGUGAUGUCAUGAAGUUACAGAUUAAAGUGGACGAUUGUGGUAAAAUAAUUGAUGCCAAGUUUAAAACUUUCGGAUGUGGUUCUGCGAUUGCAUCUAGCUCACUUGCUACCGAAUGGGUUAAAGGAAAAACUGUAAGGGUUUUAUUAUGUUAUACAAAUAGGUACAAUUUAUUUUACCAAUCAACAUUUCAUUUUUUAAAGGUUGAUGAAGCCCUGUCUUUGAAGAAUACGGAAAUUGCAAAAGAACUGUCUUUACCUCCUGUGAAGCUUCAUUGUUCAAGUAAUUUUAAUUGUCAUUAUAGUAAUUAUAAUAAUAUUUUUAGUUCUAAUCACAAUUGUCUGACGAUGUGUUUUAUGUAGAUUUCAUAAUUAAUUAGGUAGGUAUACAACUAAACAAUUUUUAAAAUUCAAUAGGUAUUUUAUCUGAAUUUUUAAUUAGAAAUAAACUAUCAUUAGCUUAAAAAUAAGGAAGGGAAUUAAAUACUUUUUAAAUAUUUUGUCAAAAAUAUUAGUAAUUUAUAUAAUACAUGAAAAAAAAGUUUAAAAAAUAAUUAUAUAUUACUUAAUAAUGAUAAAUUUUAAUAUAGGUAUCAAGAGGAAGUAAUAGAAUUAUGAAAAAUUUAAUGCCAAAGUAUAAAGUAAAUAUAGAAAUAGUAUCUAUUAGUUUCAGUAUUAGAUACUAUUAUUUCCUUGAUACCUAUAUAUUCUGGCAUACUAGGGUGGUAUUUAUUUUAUAAGUUCAGAAAAAAAAGUUGUAUAAAUUUGAUCAAGUACCCUUUCCCCUAUACUGUUUGUCAAAAUGCUACAAGAAAUGAAAAAUGACCAAAACAGGUAGUUUGACUGUCUGUAGAAUUUAAUUAAAAAUUGUUUUUUUUCUUUGCAUUUACUUAAAAAUGUACCAUACCUUACACAUAAAACAUACAAUUAUCUUCAAAGUAUAUUAUGUAAACAAUAUUUUUUGAUAACAUCGAUAAAUAUUUUAUGCAGUAUUUUUAAAUUUACGAGAAAGUUUGUCAAGCUAUUUAUUUUUUUAAUAGAUAAUUGCAUGUUCUAUAUUAAAGGUAUGGUACAUUUUUAUGUAAAUAUGUUCUUUAAUUAAAGUCAUAAAAUGGUCAAACUAUAAGAAGUUGAGCCAUAAUAAUAAAAAUUUGUUUGAUUAACAUUUUUGUUCAGUUUACUCUUCUAAAUCAGUUAUUUUUAACCCUUAGAGAUACCUUUUUUUGACUAACUGUUACUUCAUUCCUAAUAAUGUCCUCCUCAAGCUUAACAGUCUAAAAAAUGUGUUGUAUUUUCUACAGGACCCGAUGGAAUACGAGGUGAUUUCCUCUACAGUACUAGGUACAUUAUUUUCUACCCUCUCUGGUCUUUAUUUUGGAGAUCCCUUGAUAAAAGUACUUUUCCAGACAUGUGGAAAAUCGGUUCUAAUUAUAGACCAAUUAUAGACUGAUUUAAAUUCCAGGACACAUUUCUAAAAAUUUUGAGUCCUUAGUCUUAGACUCAAUUCAGCCUUCGGUUAACUCGAUUUUAGCUAACAAGCAACAUGGUUUUCACUCAGACAGAUCUACUGUUACUUGUAAUCUCUACUUCUGAAAUUACAUUUUUGGUUUUUUUAAAAAUGGAUUGUCAUCUAUACAUCUAUACAUCUAGUUGAUGUCAUCUAUACAGACUGCUAAGGCGUUCGAUACAGUAAAUCAGAUGUUCUUAUUUCAAUACUUUGUGUUUCAGGAUUUGGUGAUCCAAUUCUAUCCUGGUUCAGUUCAUUUUUAUUUAAUAGAUCACAAUAGGUUAAUAUGUUCAACACAAAAUCUGAUAUACUUUUACCUACCUCUGGGGUACCCCAAGGUGGCUAUCUCUUCCUACUUCUAUUUUUACCGUUUGUUAAUAUUGCUUGCUCCUCCCUCAAGCAUAGUCAACUUCUCUAUUUUGCUGACGACAUGAAGUGAAGUUUCCUAAAAAUUAAUACUGUUGAGGAUUAUCUCAAAUUGCAAGACGAUCUCAAUAAUUUCUCUGCCUGGGCUGAUACUCUUGGUCUUUCAUUGAAUAUUAAUAAAUGCCUGUCAAUAAUAUUCACCAGAAGUCGCUCUCCUUCUACUUAUUCUUACACUUUGAAUGGCUCCAACCUAAUUCCUGUUGAUUCUAGAAUUUGUGAUUUUGGCUCUACUUUUACUUUCUCUCUUUGUCCUCAUGCUCACAUUGAUAAAAUCACAUUUAAAGUCUUAAAGGUAUUUGGUUUUGUCAAAAGAAUAUCUAGUGAUUUUAAACUUACCCGGUCUCUUAAAUCCAUCUAUUGUACACUAGAACAACCUAUUCUCAAAUGUGACUGUUUGGGAUCCUUAAACAGCUGAUGCCUGUUUACAACUCAAAUGAGUUCAGCAUAAAUUAUUUUGCUUCACAAAGCAUAUCUUGAAUGUUAAUUGUGCCCCCUCAUGGUUAUAUUCCCCUUCUCCUUUUUCUUAACUUCUUAGUUGACCGCUGCUGUUCUCAUAAUCUUAUUUUUCUUAAUAAGCUCUUAUCUGGCUCUGUUGACUCCCCUUCCCUUCUUGCUCUAAUUAACUUUGAAGUUAUUAGAUACACUUGCAAUUCACAUACCUUUUCUGUUCCACUUUGCCCUACUAAUUGUUUAAAAACGAGGCAAUUAACCAUAUGAUGAAGUUAGCCAAUGAGGAUCUGUCAUUUCUUUCAUAAAAUUAUGUUACCAUAUUAUCUUAUUUUUAUUUUUUGUUUAUGUUUAUUUUUGUUAUCUUUUACACUUGUUUCUUUAUUCCAAAUUUAUAAUAUGUAUCAUAAUUUGUCAAUUUUACACUAUAAUUGUAACUUGGGUUCACGCCCGUUUAUCUUUAAUGAAUAAAUAAAUAAUAAAAUUGCCAUAAAUUACUCUUAUAUAUAUAUAUAUCAAAAUGAUCUAACUUUGUUUAUUUUGUCCAUAAAAUAAGGACCAUCUAAUGCAUUUACUCCAGUUCCCCUCCAAUAUGAAGAGCCCUGAUUUUUCUAUAAACAUUAAAAAAUUAUUAACUGGCUUAAACACUGGGUUUUGGUUUCUUUAAAUGUAUUUAUUAAUUAAUCACAUGUUGAUAUAGUUUACUCAAAUGUAAACUCUAUUUAUGGUUGUAUUCCUCAAAAGUAUCUGCCAUACAAAUAGUGAAUAUUUACUAUUUAUGUAAAUUAGAAUGUUUAAAAUAAUUUAUUCAAUAAUAUGCAGUUAGUAUUUUUCUAUCGAACUCUAUUGAAAUUUAUAGAUCUAAUAACAGAUACUAAAAUGAAACUAUACAAUUCCCAAAAGUUAACAUUUAUAUUUCAUUAAAACUGAUAUUUUAAAUAUAACCUAUAUUCGUUCAGUAUUGUAUAGAUUAUUGAUCUAAUCUAGCAAAAUUCAAAUAAAAAUUAUUACUAAACAAACCUGAUUUAUCAGUCAGUAAAUUGUAUGUAUAUAAGGUUACAUCUUCUAUUUCUAUUAUAUUAUCAUACAAUUACUUGAGCAUACUUAAUAAAUUGAGAGGUAUAAUUGUUAUUCGGCAUAUCUAAGUACAUUAUAAUAUAGAAGUUAGAUUUUGAGUAAGCAUUAUUAUUAUAUUAUCAUAAUAUAUUCUGUUGAUUAUUUAUUUCAGUUCAAUCAUGUAAAUUGUAUAUUAUUAUUAAAUAAUAAAAACAUUAUUUUGUAGUGUUGGCUGAAGACGCUAUUAAAGCAGCUUUAUCUGAUUACCGCAUUAAGCAACAAGAACAGAAGAAAUUGGAAGAACAAAAAUAACAAUUCAAUUUCUAUUUAAUAUUUAUGUUUGUUUAGAAAAAAGUUAAUAAGUUAUUAUACUUGAUUUUUUGUUUAAAUGUAUUUUAAUAUUGCUUAUACAAUUUUAAUAAAAAAAUCAAUUAUGAUUAUUACUAGAUUUGUAUAAUGCAGUCAUAGACUAAGACAUCUUAAUUCGUGAAUGCAGUUAAAAUAGUUUGAAAUAAUUCAAAAUAGUUAAAGGUUUAUAUGCAAAUACUUAACUGAUAUUGUAUUAUCUGCUAAAACUGUGUUAAUAAUGUAAUUGAUGACAAUAUAUAUAUAUAUAAAUAUAUAACUUUUUGGAGUUAAGAUAUUAAUUCGAAAUCAAAAUCUUUUAGUUAUAACAUUUAAUAUUAAUAUUUAUAAUUUUUUAUUGUAUAGGCAAUUAUAAUUUUCUAGUUCAUUUGUUGUCACACUUAUGCAACUUAACAUGAUGAUUGUUAUCUAUAUCACAUUUACAAUGAAUAGUUAUUAAAAUUAAGUUUUUAUAAUGGAUUCUGUAAUUUUGUUAAGCUAACCAAACAAUAUAUGAACUAGUGGAAAGUCUAAUAAAACAAUAAAAGUUUAUUGUUCUAUUUUUCAACCAUUUUUUAAACAAUCAAAAUUGUUUUAAACCUUAAGACUACCUAACACUGUAAGGUUUUACAUUUCAAAUAUUAUAUACAUUUUGAUUGUUGAAUAAACUUAAAUUUUAAAAUGAUGAACUAUUCUAUAUUUAAUGCAUAAAAUGGAAUUUAUUUUCUUUUGUACACAUUAAAACAUGAUAUUAGUAUCUUAUUUGUAUAAAUAAAAAAUAUACUAUAAUAUGUCUAAUGCUAUUAAAACUUAAAAUAUCGUAUUGGAGUUUAAUAGAAGUAUAACAUACUUUCAACUAAAAUAUGGGAAUCUGAACAAAUAUACAACAAAUCAAUAAAAAUAAUUGAAAAAUUAUAAAACAUUUGUACAUUCAUAAUUAUUUCUAAUAUUAAAUGGCAUAGUAGGUAAUAUAUUAUAUGUUAAAAUAAAGUUUAUUUACA